AUGGCUUCGACGGCAGGCGGCCUAACGCGCCGAAGAGGAGGAGCAGGCGGAGGAAGCGCAGAGAGCGAAGAUGGCAGCCGUGUCAGCUCGCCCGCGCCCAGACGUCCUGAAGAGAACAGACAGCCGGAAACCGCGUUCGACACCUCGGAAAACGGGCACAAAAUUGCAUACGAUCCGCGAGACAUGAGCGAAAGCGCAGAGAGGAGCAAGCAGCCCAAGCUUACGCUCAUGGAGGAGGUGCUGCUUAUGGGGCUGAAGGACAAGCAGGGCUACCUGUCUUUCUGGAACGACAAUAUAUCGUAUGCGCUGCGAGGGUGCAUUGUCAUAGAAUUGGCCUUUAGAGGGCGCGUCAGCAUGCAGAAAGAUUCGUCGCGGCGGCGGUUCCCCCUGGCUGAUAGAGUUAUCGAGGUCAUAGAUGACACGCUCACUGGCGAGGUGCUGCUGGAUGAGGCGCUGAAGAUGAUGAAGACGAGCGAGAAGAUGAGCGUGGCUUCAUGGAUCGACCUCAUGAGCGGCGAAACAUGGAAUCUUAUGAAAAUAGGCUACCAACUAAAGCAAGUCCGCGAGCGACUCGCGAAAGGCUUGGUAGACAAGGGCAUCCUCCGCACCGAGAAGCGCAACUUCCUCCUGUUCGACAUGGCAACACAUCCAGUCGCCGACGGCGGCGCGAAAGACGAGAUUCGGCGCCGCGUCCGGAACCUGCUGACCAACCGAACCGUUGUGUUGCCCCCCAGCCAAUUCUUGCCGGAAGAGAUGGAGUUCCGGUACCUGAGGACCGUCGCGAUGGUGUGCGCGGCUUACGCGGCGAACGUGCUGGAGAAUGCGCUUUCGACGCUGGGCCAUGAGGCGAGGGAGAGAUCGUUCGCGGUGGUGGACGAGCUACUAGCCGAGUACUCGCAGUAUCCGUUUGCGAAGCGAACGGGCGGCAAUAGUGGAGUUGCGGCAAAUCUUUACCAGGUCAUAAUGGACGAGGUAAACGGUGCCAAGGAUAAGGAGCUACAGAUGGAGGUCGUUGCAGCUUGCUUGAGCGUCUUCACCCGGCUCGACUCCUUGUUAUGA